GCUUGUGCACGUGAUCUAGUGCGCAUGCGUAGUAGGUCUCUGAGCCAACGAGAAAGAUAGGAUAAGGUAGUGUCAUCUCCCUUAGGGUCAGUGUUAGGAAAAAAGUUAUAAUAAAAUGGCUGACGUCCCACCAGUUUUUGCAGAUCUAGGAAAGGCUGCCCGUGAUGUUUUUAACAAAGGAUUUGAUUAUCCAAAGAUCAAACUCUCCUUGAAGACCAAGACAGAAUCUGGUGUUGAAUUUGACACUAAUGGCUCACAUGACCUUGAUAAGGGGAGGACAUCUGGCUGCAUGAAGACAAAGCUUAAAUUCCCUGAGCAAGGUGUUACGUUUACGGAGAGCUGGAGCACAGGUGCUGACCUAAACACUGAACUAACCUAUGAACCAAGCAAAGUGGAGGGACUCCAACUUAGCCUGGAAGGAUCCUGGUCACCAAACAAUGGGCAAAGAGCUGUCACAUUUGGUACAGAGUACAAGCGUCAGUAUUUCUCAUUUGAUGGCAACUUUACUCUACAACAAGUGACUGGACCAGCUCUACAGGGAGCAGCUGUAUUCCUUUACAAGGGCUGGUAUGCUGGAUAUCAGGCUGGGUAUGAGAUCAAUUCUGCUAAGAUGACAGCCAACAACAUUUCACUAGGGUACAGGGGGAACGGAUAUACAGUUCACUCUUCUUGCACAAACCUUGCUGACUGCAUGGCUUCAGUUCACCAUAAAAUAAGUGAUAAGACUGAGGUUGGUUUAAUGACAACAUACAACGUCCAAUCCAGCAACCCUGGUCUUGCCGUUGGUACUAAGACUGUCCUUGAUGGCGGAGCUGUUGUUAAGGCUAAAGUGAAUCAGACCGGUCAGAUUGGUCUUGGGUAUUCUGAGAAUCUUCGUGACGGCGUCAAGCUAAGCCUCUCAUCUCUCAUUGAAGCACGCAACAUCUCCACCGGUGGGCACAAAUUAGGAGUCUCUAUAGAGUUUGAGUCCUAAAGUGCCGAGUUUACUAGUAUUAGUGCAAGACUUAUUCUAGAACUUGAACUUUAAAAUAUUUGAUAAUAAUAUUAAUAAUAAUUAUUUAGUUUAUUAUUCUUGCCAUGACUUUAUUUAGGCCCCCGAACUCUGUUGUGUACUAUUUUUGUUGUUGUUUUUUGUUUAUUUAAUAAUAAUUAUUAUUCUAGUGUA